AUGGCUGCGGAAAGCCAUCCCUCCAUAACACUCCGCGACGCCGAAUCCGAGUCCUCCGCACCCUCGCCCACCUCAGAAGAAACCCCCCUCCUGAGCAGCGCGAGCUCCACGACGCUCCGUGACAGCAUGUACGCCGCCCACCCCCCAAACGGCGGCGCCUCCCAACCCCCCGGCUUCCGCCUCACGGGCCGACCCAACUCCCCUCCACCCUCGCCGCCAGAAGAAGAAGAAGAAGAAUCAUCCGGAGGCAUCCGCGUAGUAUCCAUAUCCCGCUGGCGCGCCCUCACCAUCACCCUCAACACAUGGCUCCUCCUCUUCCUCCAAGCCUCCAACAUGUCCGGCAUGACAAUGACCCAAUCCACCAUCGCCGCUUCCCUAAACGCCUACUCCUCCGCCAUGUGGUUCACCACGUCGUACCUCAUCGCCGCGUCGGCGACCUCCCCGCUCCUGGGCCGUCUGUGCACCAUCUUCCCACCGCGCGAUCUCGUGCUGCCUUGUUCUUUUCUCACCGCCGCGGGUUGUCUCGUUUCUUCGAGGGCUGAGACUUUCGCGCAGUUUGUGGCGGGGAGGGUUAUCAUGGGGGCCGGGGCUGCGGGGGCCAUGACGCUGGCAGUUGUGUUUGUGUUGGGGUUGGUGGGGAGGAGGAGGAGGGGGUUGUUUAUUGGGUUGGUGAAUGUGGGGUUUACGGUUGGGCUGUCGUUUGGGGCGGUGGUUUUCGGGGCUGUGGAGCCGGUUAUUGGAUGGAGGGCGUUGUUUUGGACUCAGGCGCCGCUUGCUGCGCUGGCGGGGCUUGGGAUCUUCCUCGCCCUUCCGCCGCACGUUGGCGUCGAUGAACGGGAACGGUCUAAGGCCGGAUCUUUCUGGGCAAAGGCACGCAAGAUAGAUUACCUGGGAGCUACAAUUUUGACCAUCGCUAUCGUGCUCUUCCUCUACGGCCUCGCCGGAGAAAUCCAGCCAAAGCCCAUCCUCCUCUCCGUCGUGGCCCUGGCCGCCUUCCUCUUCGUUGAGUACUACGUCGCAGCAGACCCAAUCAUCCCCGUCAAGGUCCUCUCCUCGCGAGGCGUCCUGCUUUCCUGCCUAGCACAGCUCGGCUUCAUGUCCGCCCGCUGGACCCUCUUGUACUACGCGCCCGUAUUCAUGCUUGCGGUGCAGGGCUACUCACCCCCCGCCGCCGGCUCGAUCCUCGUCGCCACCAACUUUGGCUUCGGCUCGGGAGGUGUCUUAGUGGGCUGGCUACACAUUCGCCGCGGGGGAAGUUUCUGGCUCCCUUCGGCGAUUAGUCUGGCCGUCUUUGCGGCUACGCUUUACCUUCUCUCCCUUGUGGGAUAUCCUAACACGCCGGCGGCGGUGAUGGCGCUGACCGUGCUGUUGAACGGAUUGGCCACGGGAGCGACCCUCAACUACACGCUCGCGCACAUUCUACACCUUAGCCACGACGGGACGCAGUUCAUCACGACGAGCCUCAUGGGCACGGUGCGCGGUUUCGGCGGAAGUUUCGGCACGGCUAUCGGCGGGGGCAUCUUCUACCGACUGCUCCGCGCGGCCUUGGAAAAAGGAUAUGCGAAUCUCGACGGCGGGCUGACGGAGGAGAGGACCGAGCUCGUCCGGAAGUUGUUGGGUAGUCCCAACCACGUCUUCUCGGGGGGCCUUGGACCCGAGGAGCAGAAGGUAGCGAUCGAAGGGUAUGCAGGUGCGUCGAGGGCGACGUGGGCGGCGGCGGCCGGGUUGGGGGUGUUGGUUGUGCUUGUUCAACUGGGAACGGGGUGGACGAGUCCUGAGGAGGGGAAGGAGGCGGUUGUGGAUGAUGAGGUUCGCGCAGCGCUGUUGGAGAAUGAGGGCGUGGGGGAGGCAUGA